AAUGGAGGGAUUUGAAUGGAGGGAGUCGGGGGUGAAUGGGCGCUGUCUUAUGGAAGGAACCGUGGUCUGAGCCACGUGCGGCCGUUAUAAACCGAGAGUGGUCCCAGCUCGCUGCAUCGCCGCUUUAAGGCGGCUUCCGGUUCCGGUCCGGCAGGGCAGGGCAUGGCGGCGCCGUGCGGCCACCCGGGCCCUCCAGCGCCGCCGCCUCCCCCCGCCGGGCCGGGGCCGAGCUCAGCGCCGGGACCGCGGGUUUGCUUCGCAACGGGACCGGAGGGAGCGGACGGAGCGGCGGUCGGGGCGGAAGAGGCGGCGGGAGCGCGGAGAGGAGGGAAGGUGACGGUGCGGUACGACCGCAGGGAGCUGCGGAAACGGCUGCACCUGGAGGAAUGGAUCCUGGGGCAGCUCACGGCGCUCUACGACUGCCGGGUACGAGCG